AUGCCUGACGAGGACGACUCUGCUUUACGGCAUUUGCUGCAGACGCGCGGAAUGGAAGAUGUGCAGUCGGUGUUGAAACGAUCCGAGAGCGAUAAUAAAAAAGUCCCGGACCGUAAGGGUAAUCAAAACCAAACACCUGAUAGUGAAGGCGAACAUCCCUUCAUUCAGGACUUGAACCCUGACCUUAUAGAUCCGAAUCUAUUCUUGAUGUCGUUCCCAGAAGCUAUCAAAGACAUCCCACAGGGUCCAACUCAACCCGAGGUCGCCCCUACUCUACCAGCAGCGUCAGACGAUUCACUGUUCCAAGACUGUAGUGACGACACCUUUGUUGAGAUUAACACAGAAUCCCCAACCGGGGCACAAUGCAGGGUUAACGACUCUCCAUCACGGACCAAAGGUUCCAGUAAUGAGAAUGGGGCCCGAGAAAGUAUAGCACAUCCGCGACCAGAUACGACGCGACUGCCGCUGUCCAUCCAACAGUUACUGAGCAAUGAGCCAAGAUGCCAGCAUGACACUUCAACCAAGGACGACAAUCCAAGUGAUAGUGAAGGUGUCGAGGAGCUAGUGACGCAAUUAUCUGACAGGAUGGGAAGCUUGCAGAUAGGGUCCGACGGCCAUGUUCGCUACUAUGGCCCAACGUCCCACUUUAAUCUGCUAAGAAUGCCUACUCCGGAUAAUCUGACUAUUCAUCGCACCGUUCGACAAGACGGACCAGAUGUGUUGGAUCGCUUGGGUGUCAAUAAAGAGAUUCCCGCAGGAUUUGAGGAGCAUCUGAUCAACCUCUAUUUCACUUGGCAUAACCCGUUGUUUCAAGUGGUCGAUAGGGAGAUGUAUGAGCCAGCAAGGCAACAGUGGCGCACGAAGAUGGAGGAGACGCCUUACUACUCUGAGGCACUGACAAACGCCAUGUAA